UAAUGUUAUUCAGUCUACAAUGUACUGGAGGGUUAAAAAACAAAAACGUUGUUUCAUAUUGCCCCCUCCCUCUCCAUUUUAGCAGGCUUGGCUCUUCUGUAUCAAACAAAAGGCCGCUGUGCAUUUGUUUAUGACUGACAGAGGAAAGGACGGCGUUAGGCCGGAAGUUAGUAAGUCCUAUUCGUGGAGAGGCGACAUCGCCAUAUGUAAUCAGGAGCUUUUCACAUCUUUGGCCGUUGUGAAUAAAGUUAUUGAAAGUUUGGGUCACGUGACGUGCUGGUGGAAGUGAGCCGACUCGAAGCAGCAUGGAUCACUGACAAUCGAGAUGGCUGAGCAGGUUUGUGGCUGGAAGAAGACUGAGGAGGGUUCCUGUGUGGAUGGAGACGUUGAGCUGCGGCUUCAGUUGGCAGCCUCUUUUAAGACUCAGGGCAAUGCCUGCUAUUCUGAGCAUCGUUGGCGAGAAGCUAAGAGUCUGUACCAUCGUGCUCUUUUGCAGCUCCGCAGCAUAGACCCUAAUUUGGUUAGCCCCUUGGCUGGACUGGGCCCUGCUUCUGUCAGCCUCACACCACAGCAGCUGGAAACUCUACAAUCCCUUCAGGCAGACAGUUAUAAUAAUUUAGCAGCAUGUCUCCUGCAGACUCAGCCCCCACGGUAUGAGCGUGUAUAUGAGUGCAGUUUGCAGGUUCUUAAACUGCAGCCUUCUAAUGUUAAGGCAUUGUACCGUGCUGGAGUGUCCUGCUAUCACCUUUGUGACUAUUCUACAGCUCACAGCUAUCUGACGCAAGCUGCCUCUAAGCAGCCUAAAGAUGCGAACAUCAGACAAUAUAUACAACUGACAGAUGCUGCCCUCGGUGCUUCCAGAGAAAAAGAAAAGCAAAAAUACCAAGGAAUGUUUGACAAGUAAUCUUUACCACAGAGUAAGGAUGAGCUCUGGCGUGUUCGCAUAGUACACGUGCAG